UUCUUCUGUGUUGUAUGUAAUGUCGUUGUGGUGUGUUCCAUUUCUCCCACAAAUUAAUAUUUUAACAAAUUUCCAUAUCUUAAAUUUUAAACCAUUAUCUAAUAAAGUCUGCUUGGUUGUUGAAAGCUUCAUUUUCAGACUUGUGCUUUUAAUACUGAAAUGGCAUUUGUUGCCUCCAAAUUGUCUCUUUUCAGUUAUAUAUAAUGGGCAUUUAUGAUAAACUUGUUCUUGUGCUUAGCAAAAUGUGGCUGAUAUUUUAUUGUUUAACUUCGUAGAAACUGGAUUAAUUUGAUCAAAAGUAGAUUUGUAUAAAAUGAGGUGAAAAGUCUUGCUCUGAUUAUUGUCCCCUAAUUUACUGUCCUCUGUUGUUGCCUCAGAGUGUAAAGCUGUACAGUAAUGGCGACCCCAAAGAGAAAGCAUGAAAGAACCUUAUAGAGUAGAGUUCAAGAAUUAAGGCAAGUAGACAAGCCAAAGACCUCUUAAGGAUCAGGCUUGAAGAGAAGGGAAAGUUUGGGAAAAGAAAAGAUAAAGAAAAGCUGGAAGAAGGACAAGCCAUAAUGGGAGACAAAGCUUCGCUUUAUCUACAAAUGGGGGGAAAAGGUUGUUUUUCAAAGUAUAAAGAUAAAGCCAUCUGUCAUUUUUGACCAAGCAUCUCAUGACAAGUCCUUCUGACAAGCACUUAAAGAGUUAAAGGUCAAGAUGAAGUUGACUGGUGGCCAAGAUAAAAGGAGCCAUACCCGAUUACAUUUGAAGAUGUCCGUGAUGCUGAAGAUGCCCUUCUUAAUUUGGACCGGAAGUGGAUUUGUGGCCGCCAAAUAGAAAUCCAGUUUGCCCAAGGAGAUCGGAAAACACCAAACCAAAUGAAAGCAAAGGAAGGAAGAAAUGUUUACAGCUCUUCUCGUUAUGAUGACUAUGAUAGAUACAGGCGUUCUAGAAGCCGCAGUUAUGAAAGAAGGCGGUCAAGAAGCCGUUCUUUUGACUACAGCUAUCGCAGAUCUUAUAGUCCUAGAAACAGUAGACCUGCUGGAAGACGUCGCCGUAGCAGAAGUCGUUCAGAUAAUGAUAGGUUCAAACACCGUAACAGAUCUUUUUCAAGGUCAAAGUCCAAUUCAAGAUCACGAUCUAAGUCACCACCCAAAAAAGAAAUGAAGGCUAAAUCACGUUCUAGGUCUGCAUCUCGCACUAAAUCUAGAGGCACCUCUAAAACGGAUUCUAAGACACAAUAUAAGUCCAGCUCAAGAUAUGAAAAAGAAUCGAGGAAAAAAGAACCAGCUAGAUCCAAAUCUCAGUCGAGAUCGCAUUCUAGAUCUAGAUCAAAAUCCAGGUCAUGGGCUAGUCCCAAGUCCAGUGGCCAUUAACAGUGUACUUUGUUUUUUAGGCAUGUAUCAUCCAGUUACACGGUUGAGUUAUGGUGUUGCAACAUUGCUUUAAAAUAACUUCAUCAAUUAUCCCUGUAGCAGGAAAUUAUUACUAUUAAAAUACAAUAUUGAGAAUCUUAUUCAAAAGAGUCCACUUUGUUAAAUGUCAUGGGCAGCUACUGAAGUUCUUGUGGUGUUUCUAUGUAUAUUUUUGUAAAAGACUUGCAUUUUUAUGCUUCAAAUAUCGAUGGUACCUUGAUUAUCACCAUAGUUUAUAGACUUAUUCUAAUAAUCUCAUCCAUAAAGAAUAACUUCCCUGUAUAUUUAAAUUGUCCAGUAAUCCCUGCUUUAUAGCUGGAAAAUUGGGCAACUAUUAUGCAACAGUGACUGCUGUGAAAUAUAAACUAGUAAUUUCAAGUUUCAAAUGAGUUUUGCAUUUGUCAUGCCCAUUUGUGCCAAGAUGACUGGCUCCUGGGGUACUGUGAAAAAUGGUAUCGAGGUACUCAUUGAUAACUUCUGAAGUGAUGGUUCUGAUAGUAUAACAAAGAGCAGAAAUCAGCCGUGAGAGCUUUAUUGUGGAUUUUGUCAAGAUUCCUGGUGCUUUUCCUGACAGAUAAUUUAACCCCUAAAGGCAAAAAUACUCAGUUAAAUAAUUAGGUAAAUAUGUAUACAUUUGUAUGCGGUGUGGUGUAUCUUAAGUUUUAGUGAGCAGUUGAUCACAAAUUGCUUAGGGUUUCUUGCUGCAUUAAGUGAAAUAAAACAUCUCAGAUUACUUUGUACAACAUUUAACAACAUUUUUUAUGCCAUUGACAUAAGAUAGCUUGUGUAUCCCAUUGCCAUGUCUCUCUAAACAUAACUGACUACGUUUACACAUCAGAACCUAUGUAGUAGGUCAAGCAAGUCUGUUUGUUCAAGAGAUGGAUUAUAAAUAGGGCUCCAGUUGCAAUAUAGCACAUCUCAACUUGUGUGAUCACAAUUUAUGUGAAGAAGAGCUGCAUCCUUUGCUUUUGAUUUGUUGUAACACAGUAUCGAAACUGAAUAUGAACAGUUGCCAUGGCAUAAAGUCUCAAAGUAUUCUCUGGUGAGAGCACUGUGUUGUAAUAAGAACGUAGCUUUUCUAUUGAAAUGUGAAAGCCAAUAUAAAACACUUAAAAGGCCCUUUACUUCUGUUUAGUUGGAUAAUUGAAUAUUGAACUGUCUGUUUCUAUAGAAAACUACUUUCAGAUUUAAGUUUUAGUUAUUCCAACAGGCCACUCAGGAAUAAAGGUGGCUUUUAAAAUUCUGGAUGUGGAAUGUUUUGAGAGGUGAUUCUUGAACCUUUGUAUAUUUGAUAGUAUUUCUAACUUUUCAUUUAAUGUUAAAAGUUAAUGUUCUGCUAUGCAAUCAUUUACAACUUGCGUUCCUUUAUUUUUUGUAGACUUCUCCCUGAUGUAUAGUUUAAAACAAAAUGUAAAAUUGUAGUGUUACUGUGCAGCUCUGGUCAGAGAAAGUUGUGGAAAUAAACUUUGUAUUUCCUUUCUUAUAGAGGCUUCUAAAAAGGUAUUUUUAUAUGUUCUUUUUAAAAUAGUGUACUACUUUAAAACAUCAAUGUUUUGAUCAAGGAAGAGCCAGCUUAUUCUCUGCUUGCUGUAAACUAGCAAAUGUGCUAUAAUAAAAAAGAAAUAGAAA